UUGUGUUUGGAAUUUUAAACGCAUAAUUUAUUUCAAAAAUUACAUUACUUAAAAUUUUUAUCAAACUAAGAGCAAGCCAUUACGAAAAUGAACUGGCACAAUAACGGACCAAAUGUAGAUCACAAUUCAUAUCAUGUAUCCUCUUCUACUUGUGACAGUCCUUCUUCAGAUGCAUUGGUAAUUGAUGAAGAUCGUGAUACAGAUACAGAACCUCUUCAAGAGCUUGAUCCUUUGUUUCAAAGAAAUCAUGGGAGAAGGUUACCAGAGCUACCGAACAAUCAGUAUCUAACACAAGAUCGUCGUAACCAACCUAGUGAAUUUCGUAAUUCGAGAAGAACUCGCCGAAACAAGAGUAAUCCGCAAGGAAAGGAAAAUAUUAACAUGGCAAAUGGAAAUGGGUACCAGAACCACGUAAAUGGAUACAAUCAAAGUAGAGAAUAUUAUAAUCAGACUCGACAACCUCUCAGUCCUUCGGCGUACAAUCCAAAAAAUUAUUUUAAAUCGAAAACACAAGAUGAAGAAAUUAGAGAACCAAAAGGAUAUUCAUAUAAAGCAAACAAAUAUUUAGAAACGUAUGAUCGACAGAAAGAAGCUGAAAUAAAAAAUCAAAUUCAAACUCAAGAUUUUUAUAAUACUCAUGCAGUGGACACCUUGCAACCCAAUGGCAGGCAAGCAUCAGAUACGUUACCAGCUAAUAAAGAUAGUUAUUGUACACCUGAGAAUCGGGCUAAGGAAAUAAACAGUCAACAAGCAGUCAUUGAACAGCCGAUACAUACAUAUAAUGGUUCUCAUAAUAACUCGAAUAUUUCAAAGUUACCAGCAGUUCAGAAACAAAAAGAAGAAAUAGAUUAUGAAAUAAUCAAUGUAAUAGAUGAAAUACAAUCUGAACAUGAAAUUUUAAAGAAAAGUCUUGAAGAAAAACAUGCCGCUAUCAUAAGGCAUGCUUUACAAAACUCCUGCGCUCCACAACUAAGUCAAGAAUCGAUGACGGAUGGAACAAAUGGUUCUACUAAUUCCGUAAAAGAUGAAGUUUUACCAGAAGAUUCCCAAGAAAAUCAGACACCUACGAAGCCUAAAGGUCGAAGGAAAAACUUAAAAUCUAAGAACUCUACAAACGAAUUUGUGGAAGUGGAAACGCCACCACGAUUCAUGCAGAACAGACCACCAUUUCAGUAUCAAUAUCCAAUACCUCCAUCUGCUUACCAAAUGGCUGGAAUGCAUCCUCUCCAUCAAAUGUAUGCUAUGCACUCAGCGUUGCAACAAAAUCAAUCGUAUAAUAUACCAAAUAAUUUUGUUCCUCCCCAAUCUUAUACAACAACUCGAACUAUGUCAUAUUACAAUGUGCCAAAUUCAAUGCAGUCGAUGUAUACCAAUGGAAUUCAUCCAGCAAUGAAUUACAUGAAUAAUUACCAACCAUAUCAACCUAUUCCAGGUCAACAACAGAACUUUUACCAAUAUCCUAUUCCAAAUUAUUCGAUGUAUUAUCCAGAAACAGGUUAUGUUCCAUUUCGACCUAAUCACUUUGCAGGGGGUCAAUAUUCACAACAGAUUCCCAUCCCACCUGGUCAACCUACUAAAGAGGAUGCCAUUCCUUUACCGGAAGAUGUGUAUUCUUGUCAAGUAAGGACCAAAAAGUUUAUCGCAGAAUAUAAAAAUGGGGAGUAUGUUCUAGUACCAGAGGAGGGUGAACCAAAUGGGACAGCAAAUUACAGCGAAAAUUGAUGGAAAUUAAAAUGUGCAUAACAUCUUUGAGACGAAAAUGAACAAUACUCUAAAUUGAGAAUAACUAGC